AUGAAGGACUUGAAAGCGACUGUAACUUUUCUAUCGGUUAUAAACUAUUAUCUCGGUUCUCCAAAUGCUACCACAGCUUCAGAUCUGUACAAAUUGGCUCGAAAACUGACUGCACAGACUGAAUUGUUUGCUGGAAACCACACGACGUUAUGUCUACAGCUACUGGACACUUUGGCUGAGCAUUUGCUUACUGUUGCAGUAUCAAGCAAAGUUUCAGCUUCCAUGGAGGAGGCAUCGACCCAAUACUCGCAGUUGACGCAGACUCAAGAGAUUGCAGACGAGUUGCUGCAAUUACUAGAGCUGGGCUUUCUCUUUGCAAGAAAAACGACAAUCGGAUAUCCUUCGCACGCACUGUGUAAACUACUUCAGUGGAUCGUGGAUACUGUGUCGGUGGUUGCACUACAAAAUGGCUGCGAGACUGAUACAGGACUCAAGCUGCUGCUUCUCGUACUUGCCGAACUGAUCAAGAACAGUGCAGGUGUUCGUAUUUACAUCAAGGAGAUGAAGAUGAUUAAGGACUUUUACCGUUUGUUGACAAUCCUGCUCAAUCGGACCGAGGACGCAGAGCUGUUGGUGUUCAGCAUGGCCAUUCUAGCACGUCUUGGGCUGUCCGAGUCCAUGGACAACAAGCUAUUCAGUAGAAAGAAUGUGGAUCAGGUACUGGCAUUGGUCUUUUCCGUGCUGGACGGCUCGCGACAUGAUGAUGUCGAUGAAGAAAUGUCGACUUCUGCCACGAUUCGGGAUCGAAGAUAUCUGCUGCAGAUGGUAAGUGUUGACUUGCUCUGUGACCUUGCCAACCGUCAAGAAGUCUUGGAGCUACUCGUAACGUACCCAAAAGUUGCACCAACGCUCGACAAUUUCAUCAUGACGAUCAAUUUGAAUGGCGACGCAGAACAAAUCCGAGUUGCUGCGUAUUUUCUCUCCUCCAUCGUCCAGCUCAGCCACCUAUUUCGGAAAUUGCUAAUCAAAAGUUUGUCUGAUCAAGACGUCCUUUAUCGUGUACUACAAGCGACACUCCACCCGUCUAAACUUGCCGCCAUGACGACCACGCAACUAGUAUUGAAGGUAAUUGGCAACGAUGCUCGUUCGUUACGAGACAUCUUCGAUUCGUUGGCAAAUAUAGAGCGGUUAAAACCUAUAGUUGCUGGGAUGAUCCGCUGCACUCUCGAUGCCAACCCAUUAGUGCAAGGUGCCGAAGACAAUGAGUUACUUAGCAACUCUGUCGAUUAUUGUCACGCCGUUGAGGUGUGUCAUUUGCUUUCCAGAUUGAGCGAAUUGCCACCCGUACGCUCACUGUGCGCUGAAACUAUCAGUCUCAACCAGAGUGCAACGCUGAUACAAAUCGAGUCUACCCUCAUCGGCACUGUCGAUCCACAAGACUUGACACGCUUCCAUCCUCAACUUUCAAUUCGCCUUGUGAGUCUCCUCUCAAGCAUAAUGUCCGACGAUAAUCUGACCGACAAGAACAAACGCACCUUGAGCCAAUUUUUUCAGACGUCUGAAGUAGCGUUGGUCCUGGGUGCUGCGUUAUUUAGUUGCAAGAAAGAUGUUGUGGUUGAAACACUGUUGCUGAUCACACAGUCACUUACCAGCCUGAGAAGCAAACAAUUUCAUGAUCUCGAGUUGGUCGAAGCGAUAGUUGGCUACAGUCAGCGCGCUAAAGAUGCAAAUGACAACUUACGGUCAACGAUUUGUUCCCUCCAGGUGAAUGCAAAAGCCGGUCAGAAGACGAUUGAAAAACUGCAGACGAAACUGCAACAAAUGCUGCACUUUCAAAAUGAACUCAAAGCACAGCAAGAUCAAGCGAUCAAGGACAUUGAAGUCAAGUUCGCGGAGCAAAUGAGGCAAAAAGAGGAUUCGAUACUGAAAAUGCGUGACGCGUACGAAGCGAAACUUCGCGAAAUUGCAGUGCAAUGCGAAACUAUGGGACAGCACAUGAACAAAAACAUCAACGUUCUACAGCACCGCGAAACGCUUCUCCACGAUAGUCGUAUUAAGCGUGGAAUUUUGGAAGAUGAGAACAAUGAAUUGAAUCGUAAGGUGCAAGUUUUGGAAACUAGGAUCGAUGAGGUUGCCCAAACUCGUUUGAUUGCCAUGGAGGAGGUAAAGCUUCGCGACAAGGAAUUGGAUGAGGUGCGGCAAGAAAUCGCGACAAUAUUUGGAGAUUACACAGCUCAACGAGAUGAGCUUGAAGCGGCUUAUGAUGAAACGAAGCGUCUGGAAAAUGAGCUGAGCGAGCAGAAGCUUUCAAAUGAGAAUACGUACAAGGAAUUGGUGUUGCUAGCAAAAGCUCACGAAGCUCUUUCAUAUGAAAAGAAGACCUGUGAGAACGAAAUGGCUACUGUCCUAGACAAAGUGGCAAACCUCGAGUCGCUGAAUAUCUCCAUGCAGUCGCAGCUGCUAGAAAAGAGAAAACUUGCUGAUCAGUUGGAACGAAAGAUGACAUGGCUCGAUGACGCUGCUACAGCUAGUAAGAAUGCGCUAGAGGUCGAGCGAAAAAAGCACCAAGCUGUGGGCCGAGACCUUGAUGAUCUCAGGAAAGCACAUCACAAACUUGAAAGCGAUAUGGCAAUGCUUGAAAUUCAAGCAGCAGAGCAGCGGAUGCUGAUCGAAUCGAAGGACGAGCGUUUGCACAAGUACAAAGUAGAAAUUUGUCACCUGACAAAAGAGGUUGGGAAACAAGCAAAACUUCAGGCUUUGAUCCAUCAGCUGAGCUCCGGUGUUGAUAACAACGUCAAAACAAGUGAUGGCUCGUCGUAUCCUGCGCGUGACAAGUAA